UUCUCCGAAGAGGCUGCGCUGGACCUCAUUCGCAAGCUCAGCGAGGACAUUGGCUACCGCAUCGUCGGCACCAGCGAGCACGUCGAGGCCGAGCACCUCCUCGAGGGCAUCGUCAAGUCCUACGAGGGCUGGCACCGCACAGUCACCCUCGACGACGACAUGGGCCCGGGGAACAAUGUCACACGACCGACUGACACGCGCGGCGAUACCGAGGUCGAGGUGUGGACUCAGAUCGGCGAUGGUGCCCACCGGUUCGACUUCAUGUCCUCGGUCGUGUGGAAAAAGUACUACAGCAUGUCCAAUGUCAUCGUCCGCAUCUCGGACGGCACCGAGGAGGGCAAGGAGCACGCGGUGCUCCUCAAUGCGCACCUCGACAGCACCCUGCCCAGCCCAGGCGCGGCCGACGACGGUGUCGGCGUCGCCAUCCUGGUCGAGCUGCUGCGAAUCCUCACGACCCCUCCCCGUCCCCGGCUCCGUCACUCGGUCAUUCUCCUCUUCAACAACGGCGAGGAGUCGCUCCAGGACGCAUCGCACCUCUACGCUACCCAGCACAACGAGACCAUGGGCUCUGUCCGCGGCGUCGUCAACCUCGAGGCAUGCGGCGUGUCGGGCCCCGAACUGCUGUUCCAGGCCACGAGCGUGCCCUUUGUCGAUGCCUAUGCUACGGUGCCCCACCCCUUUGGUACUGUGCUUGCCAACGACGUCUUCUCGACCGGACUCAUCCUCUCCGACACCGACUUCCGGCAGUUUGUCCAGUACGGCGGUCUCUCGGGUCUCGAUAUGGCCGUCGUCGGCAACUCCUACCUCUACCACACCCGCAAGGACCUCAUUGAGCACUUUCAACCGGGCAUGAUCCAGCACUUUGGCGAGAACAUCAUUGCCAUCGUUGAGCACCUGGCCUCGUCGCCGCAAUCGAAGCUGGCCGUCAACCGAGCCUUUCCCAAGAAGCAGCCGCCGAUCUACUUCUCUGUCGCCGGUCGCCUCUUCUUCAACAUCCGCCCGCAGGCCUUCCAGACGAUCACCUAUGUCCUCUGCGGCUUGCUCAACUUCUUCCUCUCGACCAUGGUCCGCGCCGACCUCAGGUUUGGCUCGCUGCGUGCCGUCAUUCUCGCCGUCUUUUUCACACUCGCCAGUCUGGUGGCCGCCCUCGUCGCCAGCAACGUCGUGGCCCUUGUCAUGACACAGCUCCUGGGAAAGAGCCUCAGCUGGUUCACCCAUGAGAUGCUCCCGCUCGGCCUCUUUGGCCCACCGGCCGUGACGGCCGUGCUGACGACGCAGCUCCUCUUUUCCCUCGGCACGGACAAGUCAAAGAGGGCUUAUCUCGAACGGGCCUGCCUCGAUGGCCUCUCCAUCUUCUUCACCCUGUCUCUCCUCGGCCUCAAUGCGGCAGGCAUUGGGUCGGCCUAUCUCUGUGCGCUUGGCUCGGCCGCAUCGAUUGCCAGCGUUAUUAUCAACGACCUCGCCCUCGUGGGAUACCCGGCCAUCGAUGCCGGUGAGGUGCAACCGCACAAACGUGUCCAUCCCGCCACCUACUUCGUCCUCUCCAUCGUGCCCGCCAUCGUGGGCGUCGAGGGCCUCGCUUCCUUCUUGGACCUCUUUGUGCCCCUCACGGGGAGGACCGGCGAGAUCUCUCCGGCCGACCACAUUGUCUCGUCGAUUGUCGCUGCCCUUAGCUUCCUCUGCCUCCCCGUGACGCUUCCCCUCGCCCAUCGCAUGGGCACCCAAAGGCUGCAAAAGGCCAUCUUGGCCGGCCUGGCUCUCUCGGCGCUUUCGAUUGCCAUCUAUGCGUCGCCAGCCCUGCCGACAUUCGACGCAGCGCACCCCAAGCGCGUCUUUGUCCAUUACGUCCAGAACCUCACCGACGACAGCUUCUGGAUGAACAUGGGUGGUGCUGACCCCGACGUCGCCGGCCUCAGCCGAAUCGUUGAGGAUGUUCACGCAAACAUCGGCAUUCCCGCGCUGCCACCGAGCCACCCGGCGAUGGAUGAGUACAACACCGACUACGACAUCCUGUACCCCGUCUCCAACUUUAUUACGCCGUACAAGUUUGCCAUGGCCGAGCCCGCUGUUUCGUCGCCCUGGACGCUGGGCCACCCGCAGCAGGCCGACUUCAUGGUCCGUGCCACCGAGGACGAGAUCGAUGUCGAGGCCGCCACUCGACGCGUGACGCUCACCGUCAACCGGCCGGGCAUCAUCUGGAGCGUCAUUGCCUUUGACGCCGACAUCCUCGAGUGGGACCUGCCCAGCCCGCCGCCCGAGGGCAUGCAACGGCACCACCUCAAGGAGGUGUCGAGGCACGGCAUCGACCAGUGGUCUGUCAAGCUCCUCCUCCGCCUCUCGCCCGAGGCCGUCGCGGCGCUCCGAGCCGACGCGACACGCUCGCCCGGCCGUCUCAUUCGGUCGACCGGCGGCGUCGCAGAUGCACAGCGAGACCCGUCCAAGCUCUGGAUCGACUACUCGGGCCUGAUUGGAGAGGCCAUGUACCCGCAGUCCGCACGGUACGGCGCAGCGACGCGGGAGCGGCUGCCGAGCAUCGAAGUGCUCGAGAACAUGGACGGCGUCAUCACCCGCACCCACCCAGAAGUGGACGCCAUGCUGCUCAGCGUCGUUGCCGCUGUG